AUGCUCCUGUACAACAACCGGAGACUGUUGCGGCUCCUCCUGCAGCGACAGGGGAGCAUUUUCUUCCGGCCUGAGACGCUGCUGGCGGGGUUGGUACUUGCCGGACUUGGUGCCGGCGUCCAGCACUCGAUCGAUAGUGGCUGGGAGUACGCUCCGAACAUCGAACACCAUUACGGCUUCCAGGCAGUGGGGGUCGGAGUUACUUUCGCCAUCGUCUUCCGAACCCAACUGGCGUGGGGAAGGUUUUGGGAGGCAGUCACUCAUCUCCACAUGAUGUACAGCAAGUGGAUGGAUGCUUUCGCACAGUUUCAGGCUUUUGCGGAGAUCACGGCCAAGGCGGCAUUCGAGGAGGGAAAUCGGGACAGAGCCGACCUGCUUUGGCAGAAGCAGCUGCGAGGCUUUGCCACCGGCGCCUCUUUCAGCCGCGCCGCGUCCAUGGCUGCCAACGACGCGCUCGAGAAGUUUGCAGAAGAUGGUGCCUCCUCACUGGAAGAUGCCAACAGUAGCAAACACGUCUUUGCUGCCUUCGACAGCUUGGUGGCUUUGAAGGACAAGCUGCAGAGUGCGUCAGAUCAGCGAGAGAAGGUGGACUACGUGGCAAUGUCGGCAGUCCGCAUGGCUCGUCAGAUGCAAGAGCAGCUCAAGCUGCAACGGCAGACGCUGGGAAUCUACCGCCGGAGGAGCAAUGCCACGCGUGAGAUGGCUCGACAGAGGGGAGCUGCCGUCGCCUCAGUGGCAGCCGAGCGCCACGCAAUGCUUCUGGACUUGGACCGUGUUUGGUGGAAGAUUCGCAAUGUUCUGGACGACUACAUGGAAGACGCAGGGGUCGAGAUCGACAGCUACGAGGCCGGGUCACACGCGCUGUCGCAGUACGAGCAGUGCGCCAUGGACUUCACCAGCCUGCUGUCCAUCUACAAGCAGACCAUGGCGACGACGGAUCGGGCUCACAGGUCCUUGAAGAAGGCUUGGCGACACGUCUCCAACCUGCUCGGUGAGCUUGCUUCCCACCUGGAGGAUGGCGAGGCUUUCGUGACCUUCCUGCAGCAAGAAGGCUGCCAGUCUCCAUUAGCCUUCCAGACGCUCGAGCAAGCUCGCGACGCCACAAGUGGUAUGAGGAUGCUGUACCACCGGUUUGCAGUAUCCGGACUACCCACUCCAAGUGUCGAGCUCAUGGGGAGCACGGUCAGCCGAAUCAAGGGCAGCUGGGCCUCUGCGCAGCAGGCCAUCUGCAACAACAAAGGUCAGCUGCCUGACUGGUACAUGCCGUUGGAAUAG